UUUGUAGCGGCUAGCUUGACAAGCAGAUGACAGCGCUCCCCCACAGCUCCAGCUGCACAACGAAAACUGCAUCAGCUGAGUCGCUGUAUUUGAAAGAAAGAAAAAAAAACAAACAAACAAUAAUUUAUUUUUACGACCACUUUUACCAAAACUGCAUAUUCCUGUUCAGUAAGCAGGACUAGCUGUCAUCCGACGAACAGCGAGCGGACGCUGGCGGCGGAGAAGGAACGCUGCAUCCAACCCGGCAAACAAAGAGGUCCUUUUUCUCAACGACAACAUUUUUCCUCCAUAUUCAAUAGUUAUGAGUCAUGUGGCCGUCGAAAAUGUACACGGUCUAGAGCAGCAGCUCGCUGUCCUAGACUUGAACUCAGCCGACGGACAAGGCGGAGGCACCGGUCGGCGAUACAUUCCUCCACAUUUACGGAACAAAGACGCUUCCAAAAAUGCAGGAAAUGCGUUUUCUUCCGCUCGACAGGGUGGCUACAACAUAGUGCCCGGAGCCAGCUACGGCGUCGGCGGCUGGGAUGGCGGGCGCAACAACUUCGUGAAUGGCUACCACGAUAACCGGAUGAACGGCGGAAACACGUUCAACCGCGGCCCUCCGCGCAUGGAGCGGGGCCGCGGGGUCGGUGGAGUAGGCGGUUACCGUGGCAACAGGGGCGGCUCCUUCAACCCCAUCAACCCGAUGCAACCAGUUGGCUUCGCUGGUUAUGAAAAUAAAGACACAGGAGGAUGGAACGCAGCCAAGGAUGCCUACAGCAGCUUUGGUAACCGAGGGAAGUCUGCGUUCUUCAACGAGCGAGGAAACUCAACUAGAGGGAGGUACGAGCGUAGUGGUUUCAGUGGAGGAGGAGGUGGAAACAGCCGUUGGGUGGAGGAGUCCAGAGAUGACGAAGACUGGUCAAAACCCACACCUCCUAACGAACGCCUGGAACAUGAGUUGUUCUCCGGCAGUAACACAGGGAUUAACUUUGAGAAAUACGACGACAUUCCUGUCGAAGCCACAGGACAGAACUGCCCCCACCACAUCGAGAGUUUCCAAGACGUGGAGAUGGGGGAGAUCAUCAUGGGUAACAUCGCUCUGAGUCGCUACACCAGACCAACCCCGGUCCAGAAGUAUGCCAUUCCUAUCAUCAAGGCCAAGAGAGACCUAAUGGCCUGCGCACAGACUGGUUCUGGGAAAACCGCAGCGUUCCUGCUGCCGAUUCUCAGCCAGAUCUACACCGACGGACCAGGAGAAGCCCUGGCUGCAGCUAAAGCCUCGGGACAGGAGAAUGGGAAGUAUGGGCGUCGCAAGCAAUACCCCAUAUCUCUGGUGCUGGCUCCGACCAGAGAACUGGCCCUGCAGAUAUAUGAUGAAGCAAGGAAGUUUUCUUACCGGUCCAGGGUGCGUCCCUGUGUUGUGUACGGAGGCGCAGACAUCGGUCAGCAGAUCCGGGAUCUGGAGCGAGGCUGCCAUCUCCUGGUGGCCACGCCGGGAAGACUGGUGGACAUGAUGGAGAGAGGCAAGAUCGGACUGGACUGCUGCAACUACCUGGUCCUGGACGAGGCAGACCGUAUGUUGGACAUGGGAUUCGAACCGCAGAUCCGACGCAUCGUGGAGCAAGACACCAUGCCCCCCAAAGUCAUCCGACAAACCAUGAUGUUCAGUGCAACCUUCCCCAAAGAGAUCCAGAUCCUGGCCAGGGAUUUCCUGGAGGACUACAUCUUCCUGGCAGUGGGCAGAGUGGGCUCCACCUCAGAAAACAUCACUCAGAAAGUGGUGUGGGUGGAGGAGAGCGACAAGAGGUCUUUCCUCCUGGACCUGCUCAGCGCUACAGGUAAGGACUCGUUGACUUUGGUGUUCGUGGAAACCAAAAAAGGCGCCGAUGCCUUGGAGGACUUCCUGUAUCGGGAGGGCUACGCCUGCACCAGCAUCCACGGCGACCGCUCCCAGCGGGACCGCGAGGAGGCGCUCAACCAGUUCAGAUCGGGAAAAUGCCCCAUCCUGGUGGCCACAGCGGUAGCAGCUCGUGGUCUGGAUAUCUCCAACGUGAAGCAUGUCAUCAACUUUGACCUGCCCAGCGACAUCGAGGAGUAUGUCCACCGCAUUGGACGUACAGGACGCGUGGGGAACCUGGGUCUGGCCACGUCAUUCUUCAACGACAAGAAUGGGAACAUCACUAAAGACCUGCUCGAUAUCUUGGUCGAGGCCAAACAGGAAGUUCCCUCGUGGCUUGAGAGCCUGGCCUACGAACACCAGCAUAAGAGCAGCAACAGAGGACGUCCAAAGAGGUUUUCUGGUGGAUUCGGAGCACGUGAUUACCGCCAGACGAGUGCCGGUGGCAACAGCGGGGCGUUUGGAGGUCGCAGCGGCCGCAGCCAGACAGGACACGGCGGCAACCGAGGGUUUGGAGGAGGUGGUUUCGGUAACUUCUACAGCAGCGACGGCUACGGAGGGAACUACUCCCACUCCCAGGUUGACUGGUGGGGCAACUAGGCCUCCACCAUCCCACUUCACUCCUCCUCCUCUUCUCCAUUCAGUAUCAUCCUCCUCCCUCCCUCCCUCUGUACUUUGCCCUUCCCCCCAUCUUUCUCUCUCACCCCUCCUCCCUCAAGUCAUCACCUCCCACAUGCAUGCUACUAAACUACUAGCACCGCUCUCUUCAUCUCUCCCUCCAUCGUUUACCACUAUGCACUCAUCAUCCUUUACUUUUUACCUCCUCUCUGCCUUUCUUUCCAUCCUCACGUUCCUCUUUACAGUCCCUUCCUCCUUCCACGCUUUAUUUCUUGGUAAAUCUCACUUAAAAAGACCACACCAUAAAGGGAUUCCUCAGUUUUAGUUGGUGAUUUUUCAACGUGUAGCACGUGCCACAACUUUGCUUGCUAGCCUCUAGCUAGCGGCACCCUUUGUUUUUCAUUGAGUAACGCUAGCUGUCCUAACAAGCCACUUGAGGGGAAACUGAGGGAGGAAUUUUGAAAUUUUCCCCAUUGUGAUGAGUGUCUGAACGAAGAAGACCAGCUAAAUUCUUAAGUCAUGGUGUUCCUCUAACCCCUUAGAGUGGAUGGGUGCUAUAAGAUUGUGAAUCAGAUGAAUUAGCUGUAGAUCAGUUUGAAAAUCCAUCGUUGGGUUUCACCUUGGUCUUAUGUUUGGGGUUCAAAGUCUUGUAGUUUGCUUCCACUCUCAGCCAGCCAGACUUCCUGUGUAGCUCCACAUUGCAACUCUGAAUUCAGUACAUGGAUGGCCAGGUUGUGACUCACCGGCCAAACACUUUCCCAAAAGAAAAAGGAUAAGAAAAAAUGCAGAAAUUUAUAUCUAAAUAUAAUUUCAGCACUGGUUGAGGUGUUCAUCACUUACAUGAGAAAUAUCUAAGCAUCCUCAGAAGUAACCACAUUAGUUGCAAGGUGGUUUUAUUUUGUUCAAAAAGUAUUCAACCAUGAAUUCGCCCAGGUCUGAGGAGAGGCAACACGGAGACGAAGGAAAUUAAACUGAAACGUCCAGACAGUAGGUCUGUCAGGAGACGUGGGAUGGUUGCCCCUUAGCGACGAUGCUAGUAAACGCUGACUCUUGGGACUUGUGGUUCUUAAUUUCACAGGUACAAAUGACUGCAUUUUCUUUCUUUGUAACAAAACAAAAUGGAGGAUCAUUUGUUUAUGUACUGUGCCUUUAAGAAUUAGAACUUUAUCUCGAUGAUUUUUUCUUUAUUUCCAUACGUAACUGGCCAGAAGUAUGGGCCAACUGUGACUGAAAUAUGUAUUUAAUUUCAUAUUUGGGCUUAAAUGCUUUUUCUGUUUUAUUUAUAUUUGGAAGGAAAACAAACUAGGCUUGAACUAAAUCAAACCUUGGCAAAAAAACAAAAAAGAAAAAAGAAAAAAAAAAACUGCGAUGGCGCGACCGCGCGAUUCCUUAUUCGUCCAUUGAAGUUCAAAUUUGUCACAGGGUCUCUGAUGAGCUGGUUCUCAAAAGCAUCUUACUACAAUUAUUAUAUUAACCGGUUCUUUAAAACACCCUUAUCCAGAGUAACUCGCACUGGGCAUGACUGAACAAACGAGAGAGGAGUGACCCAGUGCAAACAAUAGAAUACAGUAGAGCAGUAAAAUAAGUGUAUCACCAAUGUCACUUUAAGCUUGGUUUAAAAUAAUGAAAAAGUAGUUCUAGGCAGCUCAAAACAUCUGUAGGAAUUACAGGAGAGCAUCUUCACACCAAGGCAGUGCACGUGGAUUGUCAUUGUGGUGAUAUGCUUUUGGGAAACCGAGCCACGCUGACGGACCGACACGUCACAUCGAGAGCUCUGGUCUGGGCUUCAGGUUGGGUUUCCCAAAGCCAUCCUGUCACUAAUUCUCGGACCGUUUCAUGUCAGUAUCAGAGCCACUGACAGGAGUUUGGCCUCGUCGUGCAGCGGCUGCCAUGUUGCUGCCUCUUUUCUAGCAUUAAGAAGUGUGGCUGCACAUGUGGAACAGUGUGGGUAGGCCAGUGAGAUGACAAACAACCUAAUUCUGUUUCACGUCAGAUUGGAUUCACGAUAGAUUUACCAUAUGAGACGAUACUACUUACAAAUAGACCUGUAACGAUUUUUAUAGUCUCCGAUAUCUCCCAGUUUGCAUCACAAAUCAAGGAUUGGCAACAUGGCAACAAGUCCACCGUCAGCGGUCCAGGGUAAUAAUAGGGCUGUACCCAACUCACAAUUUCCAGAGUCGACUCAGAGUCGGCCUUCCAGUACAACAAAUCAACUACUUGACUGUUCUGUCCUCUGUCAUUUUCCAGUUAAUAAUUCCAAUUACAUUCCAAUUAUAUCUACCACUUCUAAAGGAUAUACAGCCCAAAUUUUUCCAUCGCUGUUGUAAUAUAUUCCCAUAUCUCAACCCCAGUGAAUAUAAAAAACACAAAUCUCUGACUCCACCUUUUGAGUCUAGGACAGACGAUUCGACUCGUCGACUAGAUGAUGAACCCCAAACUUAGCACUAAUAUUCAACCUUAUACACUCAACUUUACAUGUGUAAAGGUGAGCGGUGAGGUUUUCUCAUGGUUGUUUGUAAAUCUGUGAAGAAAAAGCAUUUCCAGCAUGAGCGAUAUGACGUGAUCAUAACAUUAAAGUGUGUUUGAGCUCACAUGGCUGCCGCUGAAAACGGCCACGGCCAGACUCUUGGACUCAGUGUCUGUGGCUCGUAGACUGACUCUUAGUGCCACCAUGCUCUUGGGAAACUGACUCCAGCUCCGCCACAGACGUUGAAACCCUUGUUUGCCAAAACCUUCUUUCAAGGGUAAACAAAACAACAACAACAACACCAACAAAAGAUCAAAAGAGUUCAAAUUUUUCUUGCUCACUCUAUCCUGGAGAGUUACAUGAAGAGUCUUCUCUAAAAUAAGCCAUUCCAGUUUAGUCAUCUAGGUCUUUAAGAUGAUACAUUGAGGUCAGGGAUAAAAAUGCAGACUGGGCUACUCUGACCUGCCCCAUUUCAAAGCAGGGACAACUGGGGCUUCCAGACGGAUAGAGCAAGAACAAAUCUGACAAACUGUUUCUCUUUGGUGACAAGAUACGAGAUUACCAUGGUAAUCUUACAUUUGAGUGAUGUAAUUACCCUGUUAGCCCUGUUUGGCCCUGUGGUUGAAACCAGCUUCUAAGGGGGCAGUCGACAGCGCCCAGGAUGUCCAAGUUUCAUCCCUGAUUGAGAUUCUUAACAGGAAGCCCACUGUCCAUUUUAACUAUGCAGUGGUCGAGGUUCAAUUCCCCACUUAAAAUGUGCAGCGGCGAAGCAAAGUCAUUGUUGCUGUUGCUGCCCCGGUGGGACGCAUUUAUUGAUUUACAGCAGGGGUUUGAUUUGUUUUGUUUACAUGAGCCACUUCAGUGGAAGGAAAUUGAUACAGUAGAUUAAAUGUAAAUGUUAAACAGAUUGAAGUGACGACUAACUGAUGAAGAAAUUCAAGUGGAAGAAAAGAGACAAGAAUCUCCAAUUAAACUAGCGUAGGAAUCACAAAUGAAACAACACUUGCCGUGUAGAAAGUUAAGUUGGAUUGCUUGCUGUUGGACCACACAGUGCCUGGGCAGCUUAGCUCAGUGGGCAAUUUUUACAGAUUAUAUAUAUAUAUAUACACAUAUAUAUAUAUAUUUCUAAGGCAUGUGCCAAUGCCUUCAUCCCAUCAAAUUGCCCACUGACUUUGAGAAAUGUCUAGGCUGGAUCAAGGCAACAAAAACAUAUGCGAGUGUUGUUGUUUUCUGGUCAAGGAGUUAAAAAUGCCAAGCAAAAAUGGGAACUCUGCAGCAGGCUUUUAAUUUCGUUACACAUUUUCAUCGACCCUCUCUUCUGUGUUCUAUGGCUACUUAAGAAUCAAGAUCAUUUUUAGGUCAAACAAUCUUUUUCCCCCCCUUUAGGCGAGUGCAGUUGUUAGAGGUUCGGAAAAUAAGACCGCUCCGACCCUAGAGGCAUAUGAAGGAAAACCACUGAAGUUUGCAGAAAUGUUAUCCAGUGGCCAGUUAAAUCGGAGACAUGAAAGUUUCAGAGGCCUCGGGGUUUGAAGCAGAAAGCAGGUCAUGUACAAAUUGGAUUUUCCAAAAGCAUCUUGGCAUCCAGACAGUAACCUCUUUGUUUUUCUGUCGUAAGUUCAUGAUGGGAGAGUUGAGUUUGCUGCCGAGAUACCUUUGGAAAGCCUGCACCAUGUCAGGUUAUUGAAUAUAAUGCUCACCUUUAGCUAGAGUAGGACCAUCAGAGAAAGUAGUUUAUUCACACCUUUAAUCACGACCGUAUCAAUGGUGGGGGAUCGGCUGGCAUUUCCCACUAAAUCUUAUGUUGCUAUUCAGGAAGAAGACAUAACCAGCCAGAAGACAGAUGUUAGUAACUGAACAAUAAGUUGAAGAGGAAAGUGCAAAUGACAAUCAAUUACAGGAUGAUUUGUUGAAUGACAAAAAAAAAACAAACCUAAACACACUUUACACAUAAACAGAACUCUCUUUGAAGGACUUAAGUUAUAUUAAUUUUCCCCGAAAACCUGUUGGACGCAAGUGAAGGCUUUACAUUAAUAUUUUCAUUAUUUAACAUAAUCUGAUAUAACAAUUAUUUAGGAAAAAACUGAGUCUUGCAGUUGAUUGCCAUGUACUGGACGGGAUAUUGGCAUCCAAGGCCUGACUGGAAGACUAACACGACUGAAACACAUAAAUGAAGAUUUAAGAAAGUGAUCAAAUUAGCCAGUAAUCUGGAUUAUCAACAACUGCUUGAAUGUAGCAGGAAACUAAGUGAGCUCACAAGAUUGUUAGUUAGUUAGUAGGCAAGCUACCUGAGUCUAGAUUUCAGUAGCCAGCCACAGAUUGUUAUUAAUCCUUCCUGUUUCUCGAUAGCAGUUUGUUUCCAUUACGUUAAUUAAUGGGGAAUCUGUGAAAAAAAGAUAAAUGUUCGUCCAGUUCCCAGUAUGUCUGUGAAGCUGUUCUUGGUUCAGUCGGGCAUAAACUUGCUUACUCCCAAGUGAGAUGAGUUCAUGUCGACUGUGGAAAUGUGCGUAUUUUCACAUUUGAAAGUUACUGUAAAGCUUUUGCUGCUUUACAUAAGGCAAAUGAAGGACAGCUGACUAAUCCCGGAGGGUUGAUCAGAUGCACUUGUUUGUUAAUGUUCCCUUUCGGAGCGCCGCCUGCUUCCUUGGGAUUUAAAUGCUCCUUUUUUUUUCUUCUAGUACCAGUUUCAGAUGUACUCCCACCCCACCACGUUUUUAUUAGGCCUUUUUUUCCUGCAGAAUGUGAAAAAAAAGACUGCAUGAAAGCUUGAUAAACCGACUGCCAGCUUCCAUGUUGCUUCUAAAAUGUAGGACAUCUCAGUUGGACCUUUGAGUCCCAAAAUGUAGGACAAAGAUUAAGUUUCCAGGUCAUAGUGUCCCAAAUCCCUCUGAAACGCCAGUGUUUCAUUUGUCUCAUGCAAGUCAUUGACAGUUGUGUUUGUUACAGGUAUACCUUCACAUUUCUAAUAUUUCUUAACCACACAUUUUUCACAGGGAAGUGUUUGUUUUUCUGAUGAUAAAAUGGCAGCUGUUUGUACAUGCAGCAUUUCCAUUUUGAGGCCGCGUGAAUGAGAGUCAGAAUUAGGAAACGUCAUCUCUGGUCUCUCGUGAAAACCUUGUGAUGUUCCUGGCAUAACAUGAAACGUGUUGGCAGUUAUCAGGGAUGUUUAAACAUGCACUUUACACAAAACGACUCGUCGCCUCCAUGCACAGAGGAUAAACAGGCAGAUGCAUUGCAAGCUGAAAUCAGUUACUUGAGAGCGUAAUAUAUUUUUUCAAAAAAAGGCCAAAAACCCAAAUUCACUGGUCUUGUUUCAACUCAGUCUGAUGGGAAACAAGUCAGGUCUGUUACGUUCGCCAGAAAGCUCAAUCUGGCAGUGUUACAUAUUCCCUGAGUGAAUUUGUUAGCGUUUGUAAUUCAGUGUCCAUGGCUAUCAAUGGCCACAACCUCACUGUGGCAUCUCUAUUGUUUCCUUUAAAUAGUUAUAAUUAUUACGAUAAUAAUGAUGUCAAAUGCUGCUUUCUGUGGUAACUAUUCAGCAAGUGAAGGCUAAAUAUCAAAAUGUAGGAGUAUCCCUUAAAAAUGACAUGAAAGCUGUGUAUGGUUCAUGCGGAGACACUGGUGGGAGGUGCAGCCCACAAGUGAUGAAGGCAGGAAACAGCAUUGACGAAUCGUUUGUUCACAUCUAACCAGGGAACGGUGUGAAGCCAAGACUUCACCUUACCUCACUUUAUGCCUAAAUCUCCUUCGAAAGAGCAGUGUAAUCCAGUGUAAUCCAGCAGUGUCGUUUAUCUCAGUUUACCGAGGCCCACCCAUCGUUCUUAGUUACUACUGAGCCGUGUUGGAUGGUAGCCACCUCCGUUAGUAGCAGUACACCCCCCCCCCCUCCGUUCCACCUGGACACUGAACGUUUAAGUGCAAUAGAUCAAUAAUCUGUUUAGUGGCUUGCUUUUCACUUUGGCAUCUUGGAGACCCUUUGCAUGAAUUCUGUUUUGUGUCCUUAGUCUGUGCUCACUUGGAUUCGGGGCGCCAAACGGUGCAAGUGAACGCAACCCAUACUCUUGAGAAGUGCAUGGUGCCUUUUACAUCACACUGACGUUCAAAACAUAAUAGUCAGGGCUGGGUAUUGGAAAUUUGUUCGAUAUGGAUUCGAGAUCUAAAAUUCAUUACCAACUAUUCUAAAAUGAUGUUUUUUUUUUUUUUUCGGUAUCUUUCAUUGGCGGCAGGAAGUAAAUUUGAAUAUGCGCUGUCUCAAAUUUUACAUUUGAUACUUAAUACGUGCCAUGCUCUUUAUUUCCUCUGUCCACACUCUUAUUUACAAAUCCAGCAUUUUCAGUGUCUUUCCAAUGCCUUAAAUUCAAGAGCGGCACCCAGCCCUAAUAUGUCGUCAUGGUAACUUACAGUUCAAUGGUGCUAUACUCCCAUCGCUGCGGCCGAGCGGCCCCUCUGUUUCUGGUAGAAGCCCAUCAAGUUUUACAAGAAAAAAAAAAAAACAACAACUUUAUUUUAUUGCACAUUAGUAUUUUAUGUCUUCUGGAACACGCGUCCUUCAAAACCUCAGAGAGGUGUGUGUGUGUGUGUGAGAGAGAGAGAGAGAAAGAGAGUGAGUGAGCGAGUGAAGAGUUGCAGCUGAGUGAACCUAGAUGUCAAAAAAUGGAGAUGGUCCGUCGCACCUCCCAGUGUGUGUGGGUGUGUGUGUGUGUGUGUGUUCGUGUGUGUGUGUGUGUUAAACUGGGGAAGGGUUCACCCAGCUAUGAAGCCGAGUUUCUUUGGGACCAGGGGGAAUUCUAGUUAACAGUAACCGAGGGAUUCAGCUAUUUGCACACACAGAGUACUAGAGUCUACUUUCGCUGCUAGUUUGUGUAAUUUAUCGAGCAUUUUUGAGAAAUAUUUAUUUUUAUAAGCCUAAUAAAAAGUUGAUAUUUUAACAGUGACUUGACCAAAAGACAGUAAACAAAAACACUGGCACUUGAAUGUCGAAUGUCAUUGGUAUGAGUGGAAAUUUCUAUUUUUCUGGGGUAGUGUGAGCUUUUUAAUGUUAAAGAUGCAACGUGUAGGGAUUUCUCUUUAAAUAUAUCACUGUGUGUGGAAGAAAAAAAAACAAAAAAAACUGUGAAGACAUAUUCAAAUGCAAGCCAAAAAACCCCUCAACCAUCGCCGUUACCAAAUCUACACUCAGAUGAUCUGCUUGUGUUCUCUAUUUGUCCUUGAUAUUGGCAGGAAAAAAAAAGAUCCUUUGGUUGUAAGGUAAAUUAUAUAUCAAAAUAUUACAAAUGAUGAAAAAGGCCAGUAGAAAGCAGCUCACCAGGGGCUGUAGAGUGUAGCGCUGAUGGUUGUUCUCAAUAUUAACUUGAUGGUGAUGUAUUUAGAGAAAAUCCUACACGGGUUACCUUUAAAGUCAUAUUGGACUCAGUAUCAGAUCCAUAACCUGUUCCUGCAACAGGAUCCAUUGCCAAUAAGGAUAAUCUACCGUAAUCAGUCGUUUUUAAUUGGCAAAGAAAAUUUGAGACGAUACAACCACCAAUGCCAAGGUUUGGAUUAAAAAAAAAAAAAAGAUGUUUAAAAAAAACACAAAAAAACAAAAACGUUGCGAUCGAAAAACCAUUUUCUAAAAAAGAACAAAACAUGCAGUACAAAAAACAAAAGUGUCCAGGUUCUUCUCCAAGUCAAUUCUGUUUUUUUUUUUUUUUAUUAUUAUUAUUUUAAUUUUCAUUUGAGUUGUUUUUUUCUUUUCCUUCCCCCUUAACACCCUUGUUGUGAGUGUCUGGCAAGUGGCGAUUCUUUCAAGUCUUUGUAACACAGAAUUAAAUGUGGUUCUAUUGCUAUGUUGUUGUAAUUUGCAUUUCUCAGGCCUCUGUGUGCUGGUGCUCUAUUGGAGGGGAUUUCUGGCUAAUUAGAAAUGGAGAAAGUGUAUUUACCGCUGGCCAAAGAUGCAUCUGAUUGGUUGUAAACAGCUAGAUGAGAAAUAUGUCGUACAAGAAGAUCAUUUUUCUUCUGGAAAUAGACUCAGUAGACCUAAAUGCAGCGUAGCCACAAGAUGUCUUUUGGGGUCUUUUGCUCGACUGCAGCAGCCUCACGCCCCCUUUGGGUUGUCAAAAGGCAUUCUGGGAAAUGUAGGACAUCACGAACCGAAGCAGGGAAAGUUGAGUUCACCAACAAAAACAAGUUAAUUCCAACAUUUCAUCCCAGAAUAACUCCUGGGAUGCAUGUAACAUCACACACUCUCACUGAUGUAAAAGCAUCAGAAGGGUCGACUCUUCCUUUUAAGACUUAGAAUCUGAGAGAAAAAUGCACUUUUAAUUUGGUGAAUCAGGAAAAACUGUCUAUUUAUUUAAUAGGAAAGGACAGGACUGGCUUCACUUCACUUUGAAUUUGAUCACAUCUAGAAUUUGGCACAAUUAGGUAGUUAUAUAGAACAAGGCAGCAAAAGUGCACAAAUAAACUAAAAUGUACAUAUUUGAAUUGAAUAUUAAUAGAGGCCAGCACGGCUGCCAUUCCUGGCUGGCCAGACCCCUCAGCAUGGACACGCAGCACCACUGGCCUGGUAGUUAGUAUUUGCUUUGUGUAUUAGUUUAGCAGCUGUGCACGAAGACGAGCACUGCACGAAGACAAAAAAGCAACAAAAAAACAACAAAAAAAGACCUAUUUGUGCAUUUAUUCUGAUUUUACCACAAUUAAAAGUUUGGAUUUGCUAAUGUG